UGAACACCAGGAGGAGCCAAGAUGGUGAUUGUUCAUCAGAACCUGAUCCCGCGUAAAGCCUCACGGAUGUAAACACGGAACUUGCAGGUGGUUAAUCGAAGUUUGAUGUGCUUAAUAAGUGUAUAUUAACACUUCCUGUCCUCCUAUGCCUCCGGUAUUCUUUCCGUGGUCUCGCAGCCUAACCGCCCGCAGACGAGAAGAAAAACACGUCUCUGCUCAUUGUUAUCACUCACUCCGUGUGUCCUAAACUCUAGGCGUUACUGCGUCUGCGCAAUGUGCUCCUGUGACAAAGAUAAAGGACAUUCAUCAUCGCUUUGGAUCAUGGGUAAAGACACUGCCAUUGGUGAGCUUGUUCGCUAUGAUGUGAGCGUGGAGUAGGGAAUGGCAAUCAAUAAAAGGCAUUAGAAACGGAGGAUUUGCCAUCAGGAACCUCAAACCAAACAUCACAUCAGGAUCUCAGAGAGGCACCACAUUCGUCAUAAUCAGAAAUUUAUCAGAUUUUGAACAUGGAAUGGACAAGUCCCAUUCACAGUGGGGAGAAGCCGUGCACGUGUUGUGUGUGUGGACAAGCCUUCAGUCAAUCAGCUGGCCUCACAAACCACAAAUGCAGUUAUACUGGGGUGAAAGUGUUCGUCUGCUCAGAGUGUGGGAUGGGAUUUGCUCGGUCAGCCCAUCUUCUGAGACACCAGUGGGUUCACAUCAAAGAGAGACCAUUAAUCUGCUCUGAGUGUGGGAAGGGAUUCACUCAUUCAUCGAGCCUGCUGAGACACCAGCGGGUUCACACUGAAGACAGACCUUUUAAAUGUCCAGAUUGUGAGAAGUGUUAUAAAAGUACCAGCAGUCUGAUGUCCCAUCUACGUGUUCACACUGAUGAGAGACCUUUUCAAUGUCCGGACUGUGGCAAGUGCUUUAAAAGUUCGGGGGAACUAAUGUCCCAUCAACGUGUUCACACUGAGGAGAGACCGUUUAAAUGCCCAGAAUGUGAGAAAUGCUAUAAAAGUUCAGGAGAAUUGAUGUCCCAUCUACGUGUUCACACUGAUGAGAGACCUUUUAAAUGUCCAGACUGUGGGAUGUGCUUUAAACGUUCCAGCAAUCUCACAUCCCAUCAACAUGUUCACACUGACAAGAGACCAUUCAGGUGUUCUCACUGUGGGACUGGGUUCAGGCAAUCAUCUCAACUCACUAAACACCAGCGAAUCCACACUGGAGAGAGACCAUUCAUCUGCAGCGAUUGUGGGAAGGGGUUCACUCAGUCAUCCCACCUUCUCACACACCAGCUGGUUCACACUGACAAGAGACCUUUUGAAUGUUCAGACUGUGGGAAGUGCUUUAAAAGUUCCAGGGUACUGAUCCUCCACCAACAUGUUCACACAGAGGAGAGAGCAUUUGCAUGUCCAGACUGUGGAAAGUGUUUUAAAAGUUCUGGUGAGCUGACACGCCAUCAGCGUGUUCACACUGAGGAGAGACCUUUCAGGUGCUCUCACUGUGGGGCUGGGUUUAAGCGAUCAUCUGACCUCAUUGUACACCAACGCAGUCACACUGGGGAGAGGCCAUUCUCCUGCAUGGAAUGUGGUAAGGGAUUCACUCACUCAUCCAACCUGCUGAGACACCAGCGAAUUCAUAAGUGACUGCAUGAUUUGAAUUUUGCUGUUAACUACUUCCUGGAAACAACCAUGCUCAUUGAUAUUGAUAACUUCCAUUAUUAUGUGUUGAUAUACUGAAUAAAAGUCAAAUAAAUCAGCUCUGUGUCAGUCUGUUAAAUUUUCACAAUAAUUCAUUUUGAUGGGCGCUCCCUCUCUCCUCCAUUCUCACCUCCAACAAGUAGGAGGAGCUCAUGGACCUUCUUUGUCACUAAAUUUAGACAAUCCAAUCAUCUGCUCCUACUCUUUCCCUCCCUUCCAAUAGCUCACUGGGCGCAGAAUUCCCAUCUUUAUCCAAUUAAAUUUUGUCCCUUCAUCCUUUCAGAGCUUGUCUUGUCGACAAGAUGCACCUCCUACUCCACUGAACCUAUUCCCACUAACAUGCAAAGCAUCCAACCUACCCAUGUUUGCCGAUAUUGUGAACAGUUCAUUCUGUCUCCUCAUUCUGUCCUUCAUGCCUUUAAAUCCCCCAAUCUUAUUUAAAGAAAACUUGACUCUCCUGAGCAGGCUAACCCUCCACUUCAGACAUUCCUUUCCUCUCUAAAAUCCUUGAACUUAGCUCUGAUUUUGCUGACCUGCAUGCUGCCAUCAGAUAAUGUCAUCCAGAAGUAAGAUGAUCAUUUUCACAUUGUCAACUCCCAGCUCCAACUCAGUACCAUUUCUCCACUGUUGCUAAAUUAUCAGACUGCUCACCCCACAUCCAGUACUGCAUGAUUUGAAAUUUCACAAUUCUGUGUAAUGUUUAUGUAAAUUGUAAUGAUGUUUGGAUCAUGUGUUUCCUGUGAAACAGUUCUGUCCUCCUGACAGAGAAGAUGAGGUCAUGAGGGUGUGAUAGUAGAUGGGACUUUCUGUGCUUGAUUAGUUCAAUUGGAAUUCUAUCCUUUGAAGUGCCUCUCUGCUUGCAAAGAGACCAACGCCAUUUUCAACCUUCACCCAGCUUUCAUUUGUCCAACUCAAGCAUGACAGGAACCUGUGGGAGAACAUCAAGUGGAGACUGGGAAAACUCUGUUUCACAGAAUUACAGCUCCCAGUCUUGUUUAACUGAGUGAGACAUCUGUCUACUCCUGCAAGUGGGAGGCCUGGUAUUUCCUAGUUUCAGGUGGGCAACUUUGGUGAUGGUUGGAUCAAGGACAGUAUUGAUCCCAUCAAGUAUAGCAUAUAGAUCUUCAUUGUCACAGACAGUUUUGAUUUCUUGAUAUAACCUUAUCAAGUGCAUCUUGAAUAGAUCUCAGACCAGUUUUUGAUGCAGGUUCCAUCUGAUAAAAAUGUUUGCUUAAAAAUUGAAUCUGAAACAUUUCCAUAAUAUUAAACUUUUGCUAGGCAUAGGGGUUUUUAAAAUCAGCAAAAAUAAUCCAAAUAUUAUCAGACUGUCAUUUCUGGAUGUGAUUAACAGCAGAAUUGAAGCCCUGCAGACAUUUAUAAACUUGAUAUGUUAUCUGAUUAGAUAACUUAGUAACUCUCUUCCCACACAGAGGGCAGGUGAAUGGCUUCUCUCCAAUAUAAGUGGUUUGGUGUGCAGUGAGGAUGGAAGACUGAGUGAAUUCUUUUCCACACAAAGUACAGGUAAAUUGUCUUUCCCCAGUGUGGCGUUGCUGGUGUCUCAGCAGGGUGGAUGAAUUGCUGAAUCUCUUCCCAUACUUGGAACAAAUGAACUACGUUUUCCCAGUGUGAACUCACUGAUGUAUAACAAGGGUGGCUGACUUUGUGAAUCGUUCCCCAUACACAGAACAGGUGGAUGGUUUUUCCCGAGUGUAACCGUAUCGAUGAUUUCCAGCUCAGAUGGGUAAUUGAAUUCUUUAUCACAGUCCUCACAUUUCCGUGAUUUCUCUCCAGUGUGACUGUGCUGAUGGAUUUCUAACAGUUUUGGAUAAUUAAAUCCUUUACCACAAUCCCCACGUAGCCACAAUUUCUGCAAGUUGGAGGAUUCGUUGUGUCUCUUCGGGGUGAACAAUCAAUUAAAGU